AUGAAUGUUAUUGAAUUACGUCAAGUUCUAAUAAUAGCUAAGCGAUGGGAUGUACUUAUACAAAAGAUUAGACAAUGUCAUUCAAAACAUACUUUAAUGAAAAAUGUUUUGCAAGACACUGCAAAUGUCAUUCUAUAUGCAGAUAUGAUUGUUGAAUUGGAGAAAGAAAGAAAUAAUUUGAUAGUACAAUUAAAUAUCGAUCUCAUUAGUGAUGAUACAACACUAUUUGAAAGACAACGUGAAGAAUUUUUUAGUAAUUUGAUGAAAUUAAUUAGUGCAUUAAGACAGAUCAAUUCCAAAUUGAAAGAUCUUUUACCAUUUAGAUUAGAUAUAGAGAAGUUAGAAGAAGAACUCAAGAAGAAAGUUACACGACUUGGUGAUCAACUUCUUACUAUUGCAUCAAAAACAGAUCUGUCACAACAAGAUUCUGAUAAGUUUCGUAUGUAUUACAACCAUCUCUUAUCCUUUGAUAGACACGUACGUAUGUCAGACUUUGAUGUUCGACAUAUGUUAGACAUGGCAGAAGAGAAAAUUCUCGAUAAGCAUUAUAAUGUUAUGCGUGGCAUUGAAGCAGCACGAGCUUAUCUAUUAAUGCCACAUGUUGGACAAGUUAUUGCUAUUUUCCGUAUUCUUGGUAUCGGUUAUAAUGAACAUGACGAUUUGAUGAACAAUUUGGUACAAAUAGGAACGGGCGAAGGUAAAUCAGUUGUGAUGGCAGUGACUGCCUGUGUAUUCGCUUUAAUUGGAGUUGAUGUUAAUUGUUCGUGCUAUAGUGAAGCACUAACUUCUGCUUGGGAGACAAAAGCUAAUAAUUUAAGAGCAUUUAUGAAUACAAUCGGUCCUAAAGGUGGAAUGGGAGCAGAAGCUAUUGAAAUUGGUUUAUGGCACGCAGUUAAAGAAAGCGAAAUGCCAGACUCAAUCUCUCAAGUAAUUCUAAUAGGAGAUGCUCCAGCAAAUACUGAAUCAGAGGUCCGUCAAAAGCGAGCGCGCUUUGGUGAAGCAUACUGGGAGAAGACUAGAUUUGGUAAGCCAACAUAUUAUACGCAUGAGUUACAAAAGUUAAAAUCGAAAAACAUACCUGUUCAUGCAUUUUAUCUUACUAGACAUGCAAAAGAUAAUUUCAAACAAAUUGCAAAUGAAACGCGAGGACGUUGUGAACGACUAAAUAUUCAUUCUUUAGAAGGUGCUGAAUCCCUAACCGAUUUUGUAACAGAAGAAGUUCUUAGAAAAGCAGCUGGUGAUCAAGGAGAUGCUGCAGUAGAAUUGUAUAGAAAGACAUACAAAACUUUUACAUUUUAA